AUGGACCCGGCCCCGGAUGCUGGCCAGCUUCGAGACGAUGCUGUCGAUGCUUUCGAUGCUUUCGAUGCUUCCCGCCCUACCGCCUUGGGCCACCAGAAUCUCGAGCACAAUCUUGACUUCAUCAAUCACCACGAUCACCACGACUAUCACGACCACCACGGCCACCACAGACGCCAGAGCCACUCCCACACGAUUUCCAUUUCCAUUCAAUCCCAACCAGAGUCUCUCCCCUACACCGACUCUGACUUAGGACACAAUUUCGACGACGGCAUCUCGUACGACGACGGCCUCGCUGUCGGCUCAGCCCAGGCGAACAUCCCUGAUUCAUACUCUACAAUUCACUAUCACGACCCUUCCAUCUCGAGCAGGAGCAAUCAUCAUGCCCCUCCGCCUCAAAUAGAUCCCGACGACUUUUACAAAAACUAUCGUCGCCUUGACGCCAGCACUGGUCCCGAUAUUCUACCUAUGGCAACGACCUCGUUUCCUCGCCCUUCGCUACGAUCCAACGGUGAUGGCACAACUCCCAAGCACCCCGCUGUUUCUGUUGCCCGCAGCCUACCAAGGGCAAACCUUCGUUCCGUCUCGAGCCCUUUAGACACUAGAACAUCUACAACUAGAACUUCUCCUGGAAAUAUGCCAGCUGGCAAGCCGAGUGUGAAGGAUUUGAAGAAGCGAUUUGAUCAAAAUGCCACCAUGGCCGCUCCUACCAUCCCGCCGACUAUUUCGCGAGCAGCUCUUGUUUCAAAACCUGUUCGACCUAGGAACGACGAAUUGGAGCACGGCAACCCCCAUGCCGCCACUAAUCCAGGGACGCGACAGUCGCAGGGCAGUGGUGUUGUUGGAUCAUCGUCGAUACCACUACGGCAUUCUAAGUUUAUAGCCGACGAUCAUGCUUCCACCAGCCCGCAAUCAUUUGCCAGCCGUAUUGGCAAGCCGCGAAGCCAUGGGGAAGGGGAGGUGACGUCGCCGCCGCAAAUUCACCACCAGUUGCCUGGUGCUGCUCCUGCCGGCGGUCAGUCCCAGGGCCUCUUGUUUGGCGAGGUUCUCCCUGACCAAGUUGACCCUUCCUCUGUGGGUUUUGGCAUUGAUGUGGUUCGCCCGCGAAGGACCUCCGAGUCCAGCAUCCAGAACCCUCCCACACAUCAUCGUACCUUCUCUGGGCCGAGUGCAGCAGGUGGUGCAACCUCACCAACCUCUUGGUACCGCGACCCUUCUUCACAGAUUGACGAAGCCCCCGAUGCAUCUGCAUCUCGCCAUCGACCUCGGCCACACUCUCGCGCUCGCAGUGACGACGGUUCCUCGUCACCUUCAUCGCGAGCCACCCGAAAUGCAAGAACUAAACCUUCCACACAGUCGUCCAAAUUACCCGUCUCCGUCCGCAAGUUCAAUAACACGAGCAACUCCACGAGUCCGUCCUCUACUCGCUCAAGUUCGCCGUCCACACUGAAGAGGUAUCAAGCAAACGGCAGGCCAGCUAGCAGAACAAGUCCUGUUGCUACCCGUGCCAAGACACCAACGCAAACUCGCAAGCCUCCCCCUCAAGGACUCGUCACACCAAGUAGCAGUAAUACAAGAUUACAAGCAUUCAUUGCCGCUCCAGCACCAAAACUGUCGCCGACUUUGCGCAGCUCUCGGCCACGACAACCUGUCUCUUUAGCUACCACAACCAGCUCCAGGAUGAAAGAAAGCGAUAAAGCAAAGCUGGCUAGGCCGGGGGAAUCAUCAUCAAGGCGACGAAAAAUCUCAGUUGGCCCCAUCGACUUUGAACAGAGGAGAGAACAUAUAAGGCUCGCUUAUACAAAGUCGAUUCGGGCGAGCGAAGCUUUGGAAGCUCGGCACCAGGCUGAGGCUGCAAAGCGACGGCGUGAACUAGAAGCUACCGCGGACAUCCAGCAAACGAUAGACGCUACGUCUCCCGACGUGACCAAGUCGGAGGAUCCUGUUGACAAGGCGCCCGUUGCAGCUUUGGACACCUCGGAACCUCCUCAAGAUAGCAAUUUGGCCGUCACAGAUUCACUCGAGUCUGCAGAAUCUGCAAAGCCUCUGGCAACACCUCCGCUGACAAUUUCGACCAAAACACAGACAGUUGCACCUUCGCUAGAUUCACCCACACUAGGACUGCCUGGAAGUUUUCCCGAUCAAACACCACCAAUGAUUAGGGAUGGACCACCACUCUCAGCUAUAUCGGCUACUUCAGACACUACCGAGUUCGAUGUCGAACCGCAAACAAAUCCACCCGUAGCAGCAAAUCCAGCCUUAGAUGUCCCAAUCACUGUGGUCAAGCCACCAAGCCCGCAGAGGAAGCCAGACCCACCUCGUCCACGCACUGAAUACCAGUAUCCAUUCGAGGAUGAAACUGGCUCUCCAGUAAAUGUGUCACCCCAAAAGGACCGUACAGAGGUACCUACACACGAUUUCCACCACAGCCCAGCAGUUCCCGGCUCGUUUGUCAAUGAUGAACCGGAAUCAACCGGCCUCGGCAUCGGCUCGUUUCAGUCACAGGUUACUUCAACUACUCUAGUGCUUCCGUCACAACCUCUGGUGACCUCGGGAUCUGAUGACACUCAGACAGUACCAUUUCCAAGGCUAGAGGCAGACUAUGACUCUGAUUGCCAGACCGAUUCAGAACGCCUCCAACGACAGAGUAACCAGGUUCAAAUCCAUCGGGAGGAUGAUGCGGUCACGGAUACCUGUACUGAGGAGACGGACGACCGUGAACGACCAGACAUGCAACCCGGGAGUGUUCAUGACGACCCCAUGCGCUCAUAUAGGACGUCGACUUGUGCGUCAUCAGAAGCUGACACCUAUGAUGACAGGCGCUAUUCGAGCUAUGAGCAGCAGCAACACUUGGACACACCAGCCUCUAACAACUACCUUAUGCCAAACUCCAGAUACCAUGAUGAUAGGUUCAGCAGGCAGUCAGCGUGGACGGAUUUUUCCGUAGACAGCACCGAUCACUCAGAUCCAAAUAGGUCCCCUGCAGUACCGAGCAGUCGUGAAUCACCAGCUUUUGGUCAUGUAACAAUCUUCAGCUCCAAGACUGAGUCGUCCUCUAUUGAUGCACGUCACAAUAGUCAAUUAGGGAUUCGCGAUUCACAGGAUUCAAGGAGGUCCUCAGCACAGUACAGCUCUCACCACCUACCAGAGAUCGACACUGGAGACGGCUUCUCGGUGCCUUACUUGCCUCACCAACCAAGCGACCACGUCUCUUAUGUUCCAUCGCCGAUACAUGAGCCGCCUCCAAUUCCGACCUCGUUGCCAGGCUCAGACCUCAACUCCCGAACGUCCAGCGCUUUUUACGACCAGGCCCAAUACGAGAGCACGCUGCUUAAUUCCGAUCGUGGGAGUGAUGAGUACAUGUCGCAUGCAGGGACAACUCGGUCUGUAGACUCGACAUCACUGGCGACUACAGAUCAGUAUGCGAGCACACAGACUCCAGCCGACAGUGAUACCAAGUCACUUGCACAGGACGGCGAGGAGCUUAGUGACAAGGAACGGCAUCGACUUGGCCAAAGAAGGAACGUAAUCAAGGAGCUUGUGGAUACCGAGGCCGUCUUUGUACGGGACAUGAAUAUUGUGGAAGAAAUCUACAAGGGCACUGCGGAGGCCUGCCCCAAGCUUGACAGUAAAACGGUUAAGCUCAUCUUCCGAAACAGCGAUGAGAUUAUUGCGUUUCAUACCUCAUUCCUCGCAGAGCUCAAGGACGCGGUCGCAGACGUGUAUGUACCCAAAGGUCCGAGGACGAUGCCACGAGAUGACUCUAGCCUAUCAGCACCAAGCUUCACAGCAUCCGGGGAGCCCAAUGAUGCCAAGGACCGCUCAACGUCUCUUGGUCCAGUGUUCAAGAGCAACAUAGAGCAGAUGAAGUUGGCACAUGAAGGGUUUCUUCGUGCGAGUGAUCAAGCAGCCAAGAGGCUCAUUCAAAUACAGCAAGACCCCACGGUCCAGGUGUGGCUGAAUGAGUGCAAUGAAGUAGCCAAAGACUUGACGGCGGCCUGGGACUUGGAUUCGCUUUUGAUCAAGCCCAUGCAGAGGAUCACGAAGUAUCCCAACCUCAUCAUUACGCUUCUCCAGCAUACACCUCAAGACCAUCCCGAUCGCGAGUCGUUAUUGGAAGCCAAGGACAUUUUGGAAACCGCAAUCAUUGAAAUCAACAAAACGAAGAAGAAUUUUGAACUCGUCGGACAGAUUGUGGGAAGAAAAAGAAAAGAAUCUGAUGUCAAGGCCGGUUUCGCUCGAGCGUUUGGCAAGCGGGUUGACAAGCUGCAGGCAUCCAACAACCGUCCUGCCGAAGACGCAGAGUAUGCUAAACUGAACGAAAAAUUUGGCGAUGACUAUCUUCGGCUCCAGGUCGUCCUUCGAGACGUCGAGUUUUACACACGGCAGGUGUCUGCCUAUGUCCAUGAGUUUCUUCAGUAUAUGUCUUCGAUUGAGUUGGUCAUGCGGCUUCAGCCUGGCAACUAUCCCGAACUCGAAAGCAAAUGGGUUCAAUUCAACAUAUCCGUCCGAGACCUGGAAAAGGUCGCCCUGGAAGACCAUUUGACACAAGUCCGCAAGCGCGUGAUUGAACCUUUUGAGCAUGUUAUCAAGGCAUAUGGCAAUCCUUCAUUAGCCAUGAAGAAACGGCAGAAGCGCAGAGUCGAUUAUGAACGAUUUGAACAGUUGAGGCGAAGCGGGAAAAGCCCUGAUCCGAAGCUAAAGGAACUUGUCGAACAGUACGAAGCCCUGAAUGAUACUCUGAAGAAGGAGCUUCCCCAGUUGUCAGCUCUGACAGAAAAGGUCGGCAACAUUUGUCUGGGGAAUUUCGUCAACAUCCAAGCAAAUUGGUAUGCAAUCUGGAAAGAAAAGAUGAAAACUGUCUUGCCCGACUAUGAUGACAUGCCCGACCUCCAUGAAGUGGUGUCCACUUUCCAGCAAGACUUUCCUUAUGCUCAUGAUCAGAUGGCACAGAUUGGCAUCCUCAACCCAGCGACAUGGGGUAGAACGUCUUUGUCAACAUCUGUGAGUGUGGACGACACCUCGCUACGAACAAGAGGCAGGCCCUCGGAUGUGGAAUCCCGAAGUCGCGGCCAGUCCAUCAAUGGUGAUGGAGCACCCACGCUGCCUACUCCAGACUUUGGCGGGCGACGUAGUGGCUCAUUCACAAUGUCACCAAGCCAUAGCACUCCUGGUUUUGCGAAUGGCAAUGUGCCCAGCCCUCAUCAGUAUUAUUAUCGUGAUUACUACGCCGGUAUUCACCACAUGGCUUCGCCCAAGUCGCCAGACGCUGCCAGUUCGUCUCGAUCAGGUGCUGGUGCUGGCGCUGGUGCUGGCAUGGUAUCGACAAGACCUAGCACCGGGCGCAGUUAUGAGUCCGGCGUGCCUCGACAAAGCUUAGAUUCAGCGGCCAUGCAGCAAAAUCGUGACUCCACCGCAACAUUUAACUCGAGCACUAUGCCUCAGGAAACGCAGCGAGAGCCGCAGCGGUUCUCCAAUAUAUUUCACUCGGCCCUGCCAAUGUCAGAUGGGCCGGAUGAGUGCAGCAGCAGUCAACGAGCAUCGAGAGCGUCAUCUCGUGAACGCAGCCAGACAUCGGACGGCUAUAAUGUGUUGUGGCUUGCCGCAUCACUCUUUGAAUUCAAUAUCUCUACAACCAAGCACGAGGCUGGGUAUCCCUACCUGACAUAUCAAGCCGGAGAGAUAUUUGAUGUCAUAGCCGAAAAGGGUGAACUGUGGCUUGCCAAGAACCAGGACGACCCGACAGAUCAAGUCGGCUGGAUCUGGUCCAAACACUUUGCCAAACUGGCCGAUUCAUAG